AUGGAAAUACAAUUUAUUCCAUAUGAGAUCAUAGAGAAGCACACCCGAUCUUGGCAAGCCCACCUCGAGAGAGUAAGUGAUUUUCUGUUGACUGGAAAGGGAAGCUGGUGGAUGGAGCACGAGAAUGGUGACAUCAAAUUUUACGAUGGCGAGCAGCCCCCAGAUAAUCAUUCUGAAGGUCCUUCACUUCAUCACUUUCGAUCAAGUAAUUUCAAAAGCGAAGAGAAAUACCUUGAAGAAUGUUGGGAGAAAUGUUUACGGUUUCGUGUGACACUACCUAUAAAAGUGUUAAGAAUUGAAGAUGAGCAUGGAAACAUGAAUGUGGUACAGCAUUCAUCUGUGAACAGAUUGGAAAUGGAAAGUGGUUAUAACCUUGAGCCAGAACAACACAAUCCUGAAUUCAUGGACAGUACAAUAGCAGAACAUGAAAUACAAGCAUCUGUUGCUACAAAAACAACAGAAGAGAACAUUCUAACAUUUGAAUUGGUCCCUGAUAAUGUAUCAGAAUUACCACUGGAUACACUUGAUGACAAUGUCUGCAAUAAUGAAAAAAAUCAACAAGAGAAUGUUGUUUCUGUUCCAAUAGAUUAUGUGCCUCGACAAGACACAUCAGUAAUCACAAACGAUAAUCAACCAGACCAGACUACAGACAUGGAUAGGAAUGGUUCGUGCAUCACAAGGAUUGGGAGGUUUCUGAAAUUUGUUUUGGGAAGAACGGCAGAGGUCGUUUGGUUUGACAAUGCCAGGCAACGCCACAAGCAGUCACCAAAUGACACAGACUAUGCCAAAGAUCACAUGAAGCAAGGUAUCUGA